AAUACCGGAUAUCGGGAGAUAAAAUAUACCACAGCGACAUGUUCAGUUACUGAACCAGUUUUGACAAUGACUGCAAUUUAACGAGUGAAUUUUAUUAAAAUUAUUAUGGCUAACUUUAUAGUGAAUAUUAUUUUGUUUUGUUUUUCUGUCGGGAUUAGUGACUUGACAUGGAGUUAUAAAUUAGUUAAGAAUGACGAGAAAUGUCCAGAAGUUAAGGCUAGAAGCAACUGUGAUUUGGACUCGAUUAAAGGAACGUGGAACGUGAUCGAUUACUAUGCGAGUUCUGAAGAGGUCGAGAUAUACAGAUGCAUGAAGUCAACGUUCAAUCUGUCGCCAGACGUACCAGAAAUUUCCAUGGACUUUACGUACAGCUACUCGGACGAUCCGGACAACGAGAUGCUUGCUGGGAACAUUACGUGGUCCAUACCUAGUUUCGAACAACCUGGUCAUUGGGUCCACAAGGAAACUCCGUACGAAGGCGUUUACAAUACGUACGUUCUGGAUUGCAAGGACACGUGGGCGGUGUUGUUACACUGCGCCGAAAAACCGUCCAGCCCCCGUUACCUGUCCAGCAUACUGUUGUCCAGGGACAAUACGGUGCCGGCGAACGUGCGGAGCUACGUGCACGACAAGCUGCCUAAGUACGGCGUUCAGCUGGAAUACACGUUCCCGAUGGUCCAGGACGAUUGCAGUCCCACCAUCAAACCGUUGUACUACGGAACGAAAGCCGAGGCGGUCGUCAACAAGAAGACGGUCAACAGCAAACACCCUAUGUUACACAACGACCACCAGCAAAUCGAAAUCGAUAACAACAAAUCGGAAUAGAGCCACCGCGUCACACAUAUAAUAUUACUGUAAACGAAUAUUUAUUACUAACGAUCAUAACUACUGCCGACGUAAACGAGAUUUACGUACUCGAAGACAAAAGGAAUUUUAAUGAAAUAUUAUUUAUAUAAGUGCAUCAUCUACUAGCGUAGUGUUGUAUCUGUGUAUACUUAAUGAACCGUGAGUACAGUACACCACCAUUAUAUAUAAUUAUAUUAUAUUAUAAUAAUAACAAAUGAUUUAUAUCAGUCGAGACAAAUAUAUGGUACUUAUCCAAACGUGUA